AGAUGUGAGAGGCACACUGUAGGGGCCAGACGUGCCGCGAUAAUUAGCCGCUGUUAUAAUACCGGGAUUAAUCGGAUGAUGACGAUUUGAGGAGAAAUCGUCAAAAUACGACGUUGUUCCAACGACGGAUUAAAUUAGGGGUCUUCACUCAACUGGUCGCCGUUAUGGGGAUUGACAGGCGCCGGAGAGCGUCGUUGGCUCUUACGUUUAACUUCCUUGCUUUGCUGCUGGCGGUGUUGGCUCUCACCACCAGCUACUGGUGCGACGGCACGCGCAAAGUGGUUAAGCCGUUGUGCACGGGCCCGGUGACCGCCAAGCAGUCGUUCUGCAUCAGGUUCAACAGCUCCAACAUCAACGACACGCGGCUGGUGCAGUACACCUGGGAGACCGGGGAGGAUAAGUACAUGAUGAGGAAGUUUCACACCGGCAUCUGGUUCUCCUGCGAGCAGAACAUCAACAUGAUCGGUGAAAAAUGCAGAAGUUUCCUUUAUGUUGCACCUUCAAAUGAAAGAGGAGUGCUGUGGCUGUGCAUUGUUGCGGAGUGCCUGUACAUCCUCCUGCUGGCUACCGGAGGAAUCCUCAUGUCCAUAGAGGUGUGUCAACUGGGGAAUGUCAUUGACGGUCUCAAGCUAAAUGCCUUCGCUGCCAUAUUCACCGUGCUCUCAGGCCUGUUGGGUAUGGUGGCCCACAUGAUGUUCACCACAGCCUUCCAGCUGACUGUUAGUCUGGGCCCAGAGGACUGGAAACCUCAGACAUGGGACUACAGCUGGUCGUACAUUUUGGCAUGGAGCUCCUUCACAGCCUGCAUGGCAUCCUCUGUUACCACCAUCAACCGCUACACCAAAACCAUCCUGGAGUUCAAGCACAAGCGCAGGAACAUGGAGAAGAACCUGAAGAUCAAGCAGAACCUGCUGGAACUGGACUCUCCCGAGCAGGUGUGGGACAUGUACAUCAGCUCGGUGCCAAGCACUACCGAGGAGCUGCUAGAUCUGUCUUCCAAUGGGCGCAAACUCUCCAACACCUCCAUCUUUCUGGACCUUAACGACCUGCCCGACCGACAGGGAGAGGAGUACUGCUAGAGUGUCGAAUUUUUAAACAUCAGCAGGUCAUUGUCAUGUUAAAUGUCGUACAAUAAUAUAAUUGCGGUAAACUAAAUGUGACCAUGGUUGAGAGCUCUGGUGAUUCAUUACCCCACAACAAGCUGAACAUCACACAUUUGACAUAUAAAGUUAAAGUAUCUAACGUGUUACCAAACAGUUUAAAAAUCUUUUGGUGUUUUUUCAUGCACGUGGCUGGCUCGGCUUGGCUCGGUGUCUUCAGGUUCUUCUCCAUAUUCCGGCAGCAAUUUGUAUUUUGAAUACAACGGGACAAAUCCGCUUGGUUUGUUUUUAGUGCUGGUAAGUCAGAGCAGACAGUUCUCAUGAACCAUUUGUACAUAUGGCUAUGAAACGUAAUGCACAUGUGAAGUAUGUUGAGACCGACCAACCAGUAAGAUAAUGAAACAAUAAACUACUUAUUACAUUUUUUGUGAUAAAAUGUUUUUAUUUACAAAUUACAAACAAUAUGCUGGGACAUAAUCCAAUAUAAUCCAAUCCCUUUUAUUUAUAUAGCACAAUUUUAACAAACCCAAGGUUUCCAAAGUGCUGCACAAAAAGAUAAUACAGAAUAAAUAGGUAACACAAUAAAAGCACAAUAAAAAGUUGAUAGCAAAUGUAAAGAUAAAAGCAAUAAAAUAAAUAGAAAAAAUAAAAUAACUAAAAUGCACUGCCAGCGUACUGUAAAAAAAUAUGCAAGUGUACACAUUAGAUUAACACGCUACCUGGUGAUAAAAGCCAAAGAAAACCGGUGGGUUUUAAGAAGAGUUUAAAAGUGAGACAGCGAGGAAGCCUGUCUAAUGUGCAGAGGCAGCUCAUUCCAAAGUUUUGGAGCUGCAAAUGCUGGGUCUCCUCUGAGCUUAAGCCUAGCUUUAGGCACCGUCAGGGGCAGCUGGUCAGAUGACCUGAAAGAUCGGCCUUGAGUGUAGGGGUGCAGCAGGGUAACAGAAAUGCCAGCAAAGACCAUGACUUCUGUCUUUUCCUCAUUAAAAUUUAAGGACAUACAAGCUUUACCGUCAUGUAAACACUGUAGCAGUGGGUUAACGGAGUAGUCAGACCUUUUGAGGGGGACUUAGAGCUGGCUGUCGUUCACAUAACAGUGAAAAGAAAUGCCAUGUUUAUUGAGAAUGGAACCAAGUGGGAGUAGAGAGAGAGAGAGAAAAUAAAGGGGCCAAGCACCGAGCCUGGUGGGACCCCACAUAAGAACGUGUCCCAGGACCCAAAAAACAAGACGGGAAGGGCGGAAACAAAUACAAAAGUAAGAGUGAUGUCUGCAGUUUACAAAUAAUCCAUACAGAAACAAACCACACACACACACAGACAUGAGAUAAGGGACCAAACGCAUGCAUAAACAGAAGUAAGUUUGGCUGUGCUUCCACCCAAUAUACAUAGUCCCAAAUCAAUAGCUGGCUAGGAAAUCAACUAGUCUUAAUCUGCAUUGCUAUAUGUAUUUCUUGUGAAUACGCAGGCCACAAUAAGUAAUUAGGUUAGGUUGACAAGAUAAGACAAGAAUGUUACAGUGCAACAGCAGCAACUUCAGAGUCCAGAAUUUUGUACAAAAAUAAGAAACAGCAACUUCAGAGUCCAGAGGUUUUUUGUGAGGGUAGAGCGAGGAAAGAGUUUAGUUUCCUGGCAGUCUGGUGGAUAAAGCUGUUUGCUACUCAGGUGGAGCGGGCACUGAGGAUUCUAUAUCUCCUCCUAGAGGGCAGGAGGCUGAAAAGAUGUGUGAGGGUGAGUCUACUGUUAUUUAUGUUUUGCAAGGAGAGGAGUGGGGCCUCAAUGAUCUUUCCAGCUGUGUUCACAAUGCACUGCAAGGCUUUUCUGUUGCAGUCAGUGCAGCUCCCACCCAACACAGUGAUGCAACUGGUGACAAUGGUCUUAAUGGUGCCCCUGUAGUAGGUGCCCAAGACGGGUGAGGGGCUCUUGCUCCCUUGAGUUUGUGGAGGAAAUAGAGGUGCUAUGCUUUCUUCGUCAGUGAUGCAGUGUUGAUGGUCCAGGAGAGGUCCUCAGGAAUUUGGUGCUGCUCACCCUCUCCACAGCGGCACCAUUGAUAGUCAGUGGUGGGUAUUGGAUAUGAUCUCUCCGGACGUCAUCAACAACCUCCUUGUUGUCUCUGCACCAUGUGGUCAAAAGGUUGACCUCCUUCCUGUAGUUGGUCUCAUUGUUCUUGGUGAUGAGACCCACCAGAGUUGUGUCUGUAGGUUGGUGUACAGUUGUGUGACACCACCUGUUCGCCACAGCCUAAAACCUCCCUUAGCUAAACUCAGUCACAUUCAUUUCUUUAAAGUGUCCUUGGGUUUAAUGAAAAGUGCUAUAUAAAUAAAAGGUAUUAUUGUUUUUAUU